ACACCUGCCACAGCUGUUCAGCCCAGGUGCUUCCCAUCUCUUCAUGCUUUAUCUGAGCAUGCUGCCAGCGCCAGCGGGAAUCAGUUUGUUGCAGAGCUUUGGGAGGUGUUGAGACUUCAUUUCCAACUUCAUGAGCAUAAAGGUGAUGGCCGGUGCUGUUGACGCCACAAACUGUGAGGAGGAACAGCUUCCUAAUAAGAGAGAAACUAUGAUCUGGAAGCCCAGAAAAGAAUGUUUGCUGGACAACAUUUCAAACAUGCCUGAUAGCAAGUCUGAGGAAAGUGAAGCCUCUGAUGCCUCUCACAGUGAAGGGGAUGACAGUGUCUCUCCUGAUGACUGGUACAAGGUGCAUUUUUACCUGGAUGAGGAGGAGGAUGAAGUCUCCAGUAUACCUGACUCUCCACAGCUGCAAAGUGCUUCUGAGCACGAGGUGGAGGACUGGGAUAAAGAACUGGAGGAGUCUGCAUAUGGUCCUUAUGGAAAAGAGACCCUUAAUGUGCAAACCAGUGGUGUCAGCACGGGGCUGGAACGGGGCAUUCCUUGGUGCCACUCGGGGCUCCUUCCUGCAGCAGCAAAUCCCACCAGACAUUCGGACCAUGGGGAUGCUCCAGGACAAGCCAGAGGCCUGAAAACAAGGCAGCAUUUCCGUGAAGCAUUAAUCCCCCUGUGCAGGGCCAGGGGUGGGAACAGGGCGAGGGUGCACUCUGUCCCAGCACACACAUGGUUCCUAUCUAAGCUGUGUUUCAGCUGGAUCUUUCCCACUAACGAAUCCUCCUUUAACACCUUGGACUCAUUUACUGCGGGGUGUUUAGCAGCACAAAUCAAUUAAGUGCUGCAGAAACCCAUUGAGACAGCCAGAGUUUCCUAUCUCUGGUUCAGCCGGGGUGGGAGGCACGCAGAGGUUAAGCCUGUGCUUUUUGCCACACAGGGAGAGAGGGUGGAGUGUGGAGCAGCCCCCAGCUCACCUUCUGUGGGGGGUUCAGCCCUCCCCAGAACCCUCAGAGCCCGCUCACAGCUGCUCCUGGAGCUCUGGGGAGCAUCCCCUCUGGCAUCAAAUAAUCAGGGAGCUGGAUAGUGCCAGCCCUGCUGCCGUACCCCACUGAGACUGGCUGGGAGGGAUUGCUAAAGGGGUUGAGCUGGUCCUGAGCUGCCCAGCUGUGUCCUGUAAUGGGGACAGGAUAGAGUCAAGGUCUCGACCCCUCACCUCCAUGUGUCCCACAGGAUUCUCUAUCAGGAGAAAGCCACUACUCAGUAGUUUAGCUGCCACUGCCCAGAGGGACGUGCAGGGGUUUAAGAAGCAGCAGAGUCACAAAAUGUGAACAAGAAUAGAGAAAAAAUGAGUGGCUUUAAAAUAAUCAUUUGGUUGGUCUUGUUCCAACUGCAGCACCAGCCCAGCAUGCCAGGGAGAGCUCAAGGAACCUCCUUCCAUGGGAACACGGCUGCAGGGAUGCAGCACUGCUCCCUGGCCCAGGUUGGGUUAGAGCUACUGACACACAGCACACGCUUUGGACGUAGGAGAUAAUCAUUCAAGCCACCAGACAUAACUGAUCCACAGCAAGGAUGAUAAAAGCCAACCAACCAGUUCCUGCUUGUACCUUUAAACCCAGCUCGGCCCAGCGGCACGUCAGGGGUGUCUCUCAGGAGGGCCAGACUCUGGAGGACGUGUCCUCAGCUCACAGAGAGACCAUUAAUCAAGAGUGUGCCUUCAUCCCUGGCUAUUUUAAUCACUGGUGAAAUACACAGGCAGUUCCCACUCCUAAAAAUGGUAUUUGACUCCAAUGCACAUGAUUUCCUUUGGCUUCCUUUCCCCAAUUAAGCGUGAGCUGUAAGUACUUUGAAGUCCACACGCUGGGAUCCACAGAUUUGCUUCUCAUCCGUCAUGGAGCAAAAGCCUCGGUACUGCACACAGCACGAGAUCCGUGGCACCAGGCAUAAAUACCAGAAUAUUCUGUAACUGGAUGUGGGGAUGUGGAACCUCUGUUGUGCCAACACUGGUGGGCCAGACCUGUGCUGUGCAAUGGCACUGGGCCCCACUGGGUCACUGGUCCUUUUCUGUUCCACUUCAUUAUAUGAUGACUGAAAAUGCCUCUUGGAUAUGCUGGCACUAAUUAGGAUGUCAGUCUGCUGUGGGAGAAGUGAAUGAAUCAGCAGAAGUGGAAGUAGGAGUAUAUUUGCAGGUAGGCUGUAGGAACCACUAAGUCUUUAAUUUUUCCUUUAAGAAUGCUGGGCAAAAGUCACAGGAAGUUUAAGGAGAAAACAAAUUGCUCCUCCACAGAUUCAGGAGCACAGUGAAUCCUUGUACCACUCAGCUUCUCUCAUGAGGCAGGUGAGCAGCCUGAGGGGCCUGGGGGUGUUCAGAGGAAACUUCAUCACCUUCCCUUAAUUGCAGACUAAUAAAUAAAGGCAUCAUGCCCAGCUCCAUGGGCCUGCUGGUACCCUGA